AUGCUUUCUAGACGUGCUCAUAGUCUUGAGAAGACUGACUUACAAUGUAAGGUACUCAUAAGACUGACUUACAAUGUAAGCCAUCAGUAUCAUAAUUAUAUUAUACCGUAUUACAUAAGACAGGCUGGGUGGAAUCGUAAAAAAUACUUUACUUAUUAUCCAACCAUACAUCACUUUGAGACAAUUAUAGAUGUUGAUGUUCGACUUUCUGUGAACGAAAAAAAUUCCGAGUACUUUUCAAUUUUCUUUACAUCUAUAUUUUCAAUGGCUCUUCAAUGGCUAAGCCUGGUAGGUGUAAUAUGGUUGCAAUCCAUAAAUGGAACAAACUCAAAUUUUCCUGCUUAUUCGUCCGAGCUGAAGCGUAUGCUCUCUAUAACACAGCCACAGCUCAAUAAUCUGGCGGCAGCCUCCGAUGCCGGGAAACUUUUUGGCUGGAUAUCUGGCACAGCAGCAGCGCAUUUGCCUCUUUGGAUAGUGCUCCUAAUUGGAGCAAUUCUUGGCCUAAUUGGUUACGGAAUACAGUAUCUUUUUCUCAUAAAUCAAAUCUCAUCUCUUUCUUACUGGCAUGUUUUUCUGCUAACUGUUUUAGCAGGGAACAGCAUUUGUUGGAUCAACACAGUUUCUUACCUAGUUUCGAUAAAAAAUUUCCCCCUUGAUCGACAGAUUGCUACAGGUUUAUCCACUAGUUAUAUAGGUUUUAGUGCAAAAAUUUAUACUGACAUAGUGGAUGCUGUAGCUUCAAACUCACCUUCAGAAAGAGCCAAAUUGUUUCUUCUUUUAAAUUCUGUUGUUCCCUUUGGAGUUUGUAUUCUAGCAGCACCACUGGCUAGAGAUGUUCAUGUUGGAAAAUCAAGAAAAUUAGCAGGAGGGUUCAUUUUUAUGUUUGUGAUAACAGUAUUUACAGGAAUUUAUGCUGUGAUCACCAGUUUAGGCCAGAACAUUUUAAGAUUCUUACAUCCCUCGACAAUUGUUAUUGGCGUGGCUGUGUUCUUAAUCCUGCCCCUUGUCGUUCCUUUGUCUGAAAAGGUUAGAGAAACCCUGCAAUACAAAUGUCUGAUAAGAGUACACGAUGAAGGUGCUUCUGCUACAUCGACGGAAAAUGGGGAGAACUUGGAAGAAGGAGAGAGUAAUUUAAGCAAGUUUUGUGAAGAAAGUGUAGAGGAAAUAGGAGUGAAGUUGAUGCUAAGGAGAGUGGAAUUUUGGUUAUAUUUCUUUGCUUAUUUAUUUGGCGCAACGGUUGGUUUAGUUUAUCUAAAUAAUCUGGGACAAAUUGCCGAGUCCCGGGGAUGUUCUGGGACGUUGGCUCUUGUCUCCUUGUCUUCAGCAUUCAGCUUCUUCGGCCGGCUCAUUCCAUCAUUUCAUGAUUACUUUUUCAAAAAGAGCAAGUAUAUGAUAUCUAGACCAGCAGCCAUGACAUGCAUGAUAAUACCAAUGUGUGGAGCUAUGUUUUUACUCGUUAACAAGCAGGACAUUUGGCUCUACAUUAGUACAGCCAUUAUAGGCAUUUGUACUGGAGCAAUUACCACAAUUUCUGUCUCCACAACCACCCAACUAUUUGGAACCAAAAAUUUUGGAGUAAAUCACAACAUUUUGGUCUCCAAUAUACCAAUAGGAUCUUUCCUUUUUGGUGACCUUGCAGCCCUGCUUUACAAUGGAGAGAAGCUUUCAGGUGAAGACAAUUGCAUUGGUCAGAAUUGCUAUCAAACCACUUUCAUUGUCUGGGGAUUUUUGUGUUUUCUAGGAGCUUUUCUGGGGUUUAUCCUUCAUUUUCGAACGAGAAAAGUUGUAAUCACAUAGAUUAUAAUGAAUCAGUAUAGUAUAAAGACGUAUUCGGUACAAUAUCGCGGUCCAAGGAAAGACGAGAGCUGCACACCAUACUGAAAAACACGAUUGAUCUUUCAUGGGGCCGGAUAGAAAUACAUUUAAUGUAGUUUAAUGAGUGUAAACGUUAAGUGAAUUGAUGCAAUGCAUGACUAGUAUAUGACACAUUUGUUAAUUUGUGUACAAAAUAAUUAAAGUAUUGAAAGACUUUGGAGAGGGGGCAAUGGCCAA